GUUCACAUGCCCGGUCUGGACUAGCGUGAAACGGGUUGUCUGCCAGGGAUCUGCUAUUUAUGGACUAGCGCACGUUGUCAUGGAUCCCUGAGACAGGUUAUGUAAUCACGGGGUGCAAACAAUCAACACCUCCUGCCGUCCGUCCAUGGUAGGUAGACGACGACAUCAUCUACCGCCACCAGCGACAUCGAUCACCGUAGUCGGCUACGACGACGACAUUCGACGGGGUUUCGGUAAACCCCAAAGGUAAGUUAUAUCCUAUCUAUCUCUUUACGCGCCUUUCGCUACAACAACCCGGAGACUCGAGGUUUAUCGAACCCGAUAUCUUGGUUGCAAUCUGUUUCUGGACCCCUCCCCCUUGGUACUGGCGCAUAUUGACCCAGGUCCUCUACACGAGAGUGGUCUUGCAAUUAUCGAGAUCUAGUCCCGUGAAUCUAAGCGACCUCUUUUUUCUCUCUAUCACAUUUUGCGCAUUCAAUAUCUGUCGGACUGCAGCAUUCAGCAUUCAGCAUUCAGCAACGUCUGCGCUUCAGUAUUGAGGGACUCUGUUAGGCAACGAGGAUGCCUUUGCCUGAUGAACCUCCAUCCUCACCACCAAAUGCUUCCACAUCCGCUCAAGAUGCUAUUGCCUAUUACAAAAAACAGUACGAACAGCUCGAAGCUGAACUGGCGGACUUCCAGUCCUCCAGUAGGGAGCUAGAGACUGAACUUGAGAAGGAUAUCGAGGCUUCAGAGAGGAGAGAGAGGAAGUUGAAGGAAAAGUUAGAAAGUGCGGGAUAUGAAGUAGAGGAAUGGAAGGCGAAGUACAAACAAGCCAAAACAGAAGCGAAUUCUGCGCAGAGUGCCCUUCAAAAGGAGAUUACGACGCUACGAGAUGGGAAUCGAACUUUACAGCUAAAGCUCAGGGAUAUCGAGGUGGCCAACGAUGAUUUUGAACGUCAAGCGCGCAACACAACGUCGUCUUUGGAGGAUCUAGAAUCAAAGUACAAUGUGUCCAUAGAACGAGGUGUUCUGCUCGAGGAAGAAAUCAAAAAUGGAGAACAAGAACGGGAAAACUUGCGUAUUGAAAAUCAGCGUCUCCGGGACGAGUUGUCAGAUCUCAAAAUUGAAGCGCACAUUACCCAGGAGAAGCUUCGGAAAGCGGAGCUUUUGCUUAGACAGAAGAACAACCUCACGCCUCUGACCCCGGGCCUUCCUGUGCCCCAUACUCCCGAGAUUUCUGAACACUCCCCUGCUACCACAUCCUCCUCACCGACCAUUGCGACCCCACCUACAAAGUCUGUUUCAUCCGUUGCAUCUGAUACUCAGACGCCGCCUUCACCGCCAUUCUCUGAAUCGUCAUAUGGUCUUGGGAAAUCAACCACCACUCCUUCUAUGCCACGACCCCGAGUCUCUGUUUCGGAAUCAUCGAGGCCGUCAUAUCCAUCGUCCAGGACAAAGCACUCUCGGGGCCCCUCUAUACCCACUAGCAAUGGCACCUCAACUCCUUCCGUCACCUCUCGUCGCUCUGUAACGCGGUCACACCUUACACAUCAACCACCAGGACUUCCAAGGUCUGGUUCUCUGUAUCAAAUUCGAGGACUCAUCGGCAAGAUGCAGAAACUUGAGGAGCGAGUACAGUCGGCAAGGUCAAGGCUUCCUGCACCCACCGAGACCCCUCCAAAGAUCUCGCCCCGAACGAACUCAACCUUAGGUCAGAAUUAUAUUCCAUCUUCAGUGACUAUCAGAAGAUCUUCAAGAAAACGGACGAGCGGAAGUGUUGCCAGCUCUCGUGACGGCCAAUCUACAUCCUCCUACGUUCCUCAUGGAAGAAGUUCAUUCGGUCUCAACCAAGGGACACCAAGUCGAACCGGCCAGAGUGAAAGCAGACCCAGCAGUAGAGCCAGUGUCUCCAGCCGCAGUUCAACCAGCCAAUUACCCGUUGCUGCAAGCUCAAUCCUACAACCUCGCUCCGAAAGCCGACAAAGUUUCACAGGUUCACGAACACCACUUGGUCAUUAUUCCACCAACCCAACAACGGAGGGCCGACGGCCCCGCUCAUCUCUGAGUAAUUAUAGCCAUUCAGUCAACAUGGGUUAUAUUGAUGAGAAUGAAGACAUUACAACCCCAACUCCACGACGCAGCACGUUUAAUAAGGGCGAUCACCAAAUUUCCGGAAUACCCACUCCUGGCGGCCUAAAGAAAAGGGAAUCGGGGGGAAAUACCAUCACUCCCUCCAUGUUACCUGCUCCCCGCCGCAUUAGCUCCGGUAUCGAUCGACGAGAUGGGGACAUGGGGCCCCCCGAAAGGAAAAAUAAACUAACCGAAGUGGGUGAAAGUUAUUAGCACUUGCCCGUCCAUUCGUGCCUCGGAUUUCUCGUCUGCCCAUUCUACUUCUCUUUCUGCUUUGCAGGCAUCUAGCAUGACAACAUUAUACAUACAUAUUUGUGAUAUCCACCUCCUUUUGAUUCACGAUCACGGUUCUUAUGAUAUUUUUACGGCUGGCAUUAUUCUCGGGGUGCCUUGGCGAAACGUUUUUGAGGUUAUUUUAAGUGUCUUUCUCCUCCUUUUUGUGUCCUUCUUUGCCUAUCCUUAUCCUUUCUUUAUUUUCUUGUACGUCAGGAAUAUAUUCUCUGCUAUAUCGCCUUUCAGUGUUCUCCCCUUAUGACACUGUAUUGCGGGGAUAAACUGAGAGGAUCGUUUUCCGGGACCUUGUGGCCCGUAGAGUAGAAAGCGAGAGCAUCCAGUUGUGUCCUCCAAGGACGCAGCUAGCGUUUAGCGGCUACCGAGGCGGCGCUCUAUCCAACCAUCAAGCAUCGCCAUCUUCUUAAUUGGAUGUCUCAUUUUUUUCAUGUCCCUUCGUUCCCAACCCCUCAACCACAAUUCUUCUAAUAGGGUCACAAUAUCUCCUUCGCCUGUUCAUGUUCUAGACCAUUUCGUUCUCCGAUAUACUUUUUUGCCUCUCUCCUUAACGACUGUUUAUCUGCCGAACUAUGACACAUUACUGAAAUUCUCUUCUAUAACUAUGCUUUUUUCUCUUGAUUUCUUUUGAUCCUUUUCCUUUUCCUAUGACAUUCUGUUAUAUACCUACAUAAAUCUAUGUACCUACCUACCUUGAGACUGUUACGUCUAGCUAUAACUAUAUAUUCUGGCUCGGUUCUCUAGAACAAGAGUGUUCUUAUCCUCUUGUGUCAGGCUAGAAGGGGUAGGGCUAGUCUUCCCGUGAACUGUUAUGUCGAUUUGACAAUAUUUAGCAUACUCUAACUUUAUAAAGGAGACUCGCCACGUUUGUCGUUUCUCCUUAGAAGAUAUCGUUUCCUCCCUGUCUUCUAGUCGAUUUGGAAGUAUAUUCGGUAUCGUUAGUAUCCAGGGAUUUGAAACUCACCUGUUAGAACUCACCUUUUCUAAUUUGCCUGCACAGAACAAUUAAUCUUACGAGUUAAUCUUCCUCCCCAAGUAAUGAUUUUCCACGUUCUCCUUAACAAUCCCCUGCUACUUGAGAUGAAAUGACUGAUGACUUCUCUAAUCCGAUCAGCUGAUGCAAGGAUGAUGAUUUGAGUAUCGGCUCGGCUCCCCUUGGGUUUAUCGCCAAUUGAAACCAUUUUGCACUCGGGUAGGUGGGAAC